GUGCCAGCAGUGGGAAAACUGAUUAUUCCCAGCUCUGCUCCGUGCUGUCCCAGACACAAAUCCCUGGGGAGGGAAGAGGAUUUGCCAUCAUUUGGGGUGGAUCUCUGCAGAUCCUCACCUUGGCUCUGCCCGCUCCUUUUGCAGACAACCCCUCUGCAGCCACAAAAAGCAAAACCAGCGAGGACAUCGCGCAGUCCUCCAAGUACAGCCCUGCCUACUCCCCCGAUCCCUACUACCACUCCGAGUCGGAAUACUGGUCCUUCCAGGGCUCUCCCAAAGCUCCCCGGGCCCGGAGGUUCUCGUCAGGGGGUGAGGAGGACGGGUACGACCGGGGCAUGCACAAGAUCCAGAGUGGCAUCGGGAGGCUGAUCCUGAGGGAGGAGAUGAAGGCUCGGUCCAACUCCUACGCAGACCCCUGGACCCCCCCCCGCAGCUCGGCCAGCAGCAGAGAGGCGCUGCACACAGCGGGCUACGAGGGCUCCCUCAAUGGCUCUCCCCGAAGCCACUACCUGGCCGACAGCGAUCCCCUCAUUUCUAAGUCGGCCUCCCUUCCUGCCUACAGGAGGAAUGGGCUGCACAGGCCUCCCAGCGCGGAGCUUUUCCACUACGACAGCACCAACGCCGUCAACUGGGGGAUGCGAG